AUGACGAGCGAGAUAUCAGUCCAUGAACUUCGGUUCGAUGCCGCUGUGAGGGUGAUGGAAAAUCUGCCUUAUGACGGUUUGUAUACACCGUCAGAUGAUAUGAUGCGAGUGUUAUAUGGUUAUUACAAACAAGCCACAGCUGGUCCCUGUGAUGUCUCAAAACCAAGUUCAUGGGAUUCCGAGGGAAGAGCUAACUGGGAAGCCUGGAAAGCUUUGGGAGGCAUGACUAAAGAGACAGCCAUGAAGGAGUAUGUUGAAAACAUAAAACUGAUUCUGGAGAUACUCCCUGUGUCGGAGGAGGUUUCUGACCUACUUGAUGUUCUCGACAAUUUCUAUGAAAUUGUAGAUGAUGGGGACUUAUCUAAAUCAGUGGAGUUCAAAGGGAGAGAUGAUAGGGAAUUUGAUCAGAACUUAAUAAACGAGGACAUGGGGAGCGGAGACACAAGAUACAAUUAUGGAGUGGACGCAGAGGGGGAUGAGUACCAUUAUGUGGACCUCACAAGACCUAUUAUAGACGUAACUGAGUGGAGAGGUGCGUCUCCUGCCUCCAGCGUCAAUGUACAGAAUAGUGGUUCCUCCAUCACCAACGACAUUCACAGCUCACUCCACAGCCAGAAGGAGGACAAGCUGGUCUGCUCCCAGGAGUUGCCAAGUGAGAAAAUCCUCAGCCAUGUCGAUGGGCUUCUCACUAGUGACAAGGGAUUGACCUCUGGACAAAGCUGCCAACCUCAGGAGGUCCCAGAUGAUCUCCCCUGCGAUGCCCCUGAACAUCCUGCUCCAGAGAAAGGUGCAGCACUUCCCAUGAUCCCACUGGCAAAGCCUGCAGAACGCCGGGCCAAACGGCCGCGUCCACAGGGAGAGAGCAAGGCAGCCGACUGUGAGGAGAAGGACCCUUGCGCACAUCACGGUCCCCCUGCCACUGAAAAGGAUGAUGGAACAGUCCAGGCAGACCAAAGCUCAGUCCAGAUCAAAGUUCCUGUAGGCACUAGUCGCUCCUCUGAAACAGGAUUGUGCUGCCAUGGGAAGGGAGAGAAUCUGAGGAGCAAGCCUGUUGCUAUGGAAAACAUAAACAGGGAUAUCGCCGUGGCGCUGACACGUCUGCAGGCGGACAUGCAGGAUGUGCUGCAGAGACUGAACAGUCUCGAGGCCCUGAGCUCAUCAAAGACAAAGUCACUAGCCAUCAGAAAGGAACAGCUUAUAAAUGAAACAAAAAAGAGGACGUCCUGGUGGCCUUUUAGUUUGUCACCAGUCACCAUGUCUCUUGCUAUCAUCUGGCCACUCUUAGUGCACUGGAUUGUGGAUUUCUACUAUCAACGCAGAAGAAAGCACCAGCCCUGAUAUCACCACGGGAACCCAGAAGGUUGCUCUGCCCAGUCCUGCCCAUUCAGUUCCAUGGACUUGAUGCCAGCCAGAAGAGUUGUUCACUGCCUCUUUCUUUUAUAUUUGUAAUUUUUUUUGGUAUUUUAGACUUAGUUUGAGAGAGAAAGAUAGGAAAUGUUUGUUAGAGAGAGAUGGGGAAGGGUUGGCAAAGGACCCGGGCCGGAAUCGAACCCGGGUCGGACACGUAGCAUACGAGUGCCCUAACAUUAAGCCACGGUAGGGCCCCGUUCACUGCCACUUUCAAUGUUUUAGAUGGAAAAAUGAAUGGAGUUGAUCUGUAAUGUCAUGUGCUCUUUGAAAAGCUCCUCGUAAAGUAGGACACUGAAUGUUAUGUGCAACAUCCAUGA